AUGAAUGAGGGAUGGGCUAGGGCAUCGUCCCAGGAGAGUGUGAAGUACGCGAGUAACAAGGACUACCGAACAAGCACCUUUACUAUGAAUGUUCAAGAUGCGAAGUCAGUGGAUGAUAUGGUGAGCUUUGUUGUGGAACAGUAUGGUCGCCUGGACUAUUGCGUCAAUGCUGCAGGUGUCGACAACGGAGUACAUGCGCCCUUGGCCGAUACAGACAUCGAGAAUUUCGAUCGUGUCAUGAGCAUCAACACGAGGGGAAACCUUCUUUGUGUGCGUGCAGAGGCUGCGGCUAUGCGUAAGCAGACACCGAAGACAUGGAUAAGUAGGAACGGUACUCGCGAUAUCGGUCGUGGGGUUAUCGUCAACAUCGCCUCCGCAAACUCUUUUGCCGGUCUGCCGGGUAAAGGGUCCUACACCAUCUCUAAACAUGCGUCCAUGGGUAUCACGAAGAUGGCCGGCUUAGACCAUGCACCCGACGGUAUCCGUGUAAACGCAGUAUGUCCAACGUGGGUACGCACACCAUUGCUCGACGAGGAACUACAGAAGAACCCCGAGGUUCAAGGCAUGAUAUCUGCCGUGGUACCGAUCAAAAGAGCAGCAGAGUGUGAGGAGGUUUCUGAUGUGGUCGCGUUUCUGUGCAGUCCGGCUGCGAGUUACAUCAACGGCGCCAGUCUUCUUAUUGACGCUGCUGUGACCACUACGGUGCGUCUCUUCUGA